CCUAAACUGAAAAGUUUUCCAAUUAUUUAAGUGGUUUAAAAAAUAUAAAAUAAUGGUUUUAAUGACAAUGAUUGCCCGUGUGGCAGAUGGACUGCCUUUAGCGGCUACCAUGCAGGAAGAUGAACAGUCUGGAAGGAGUAUUUUGGACUAUCAAAACCAAGCAAAAAUGUUAUUCCGAAAACUAGGUCCUCAAUCUCCCCCUAAGUGUAGUAUUGAAACUGGUCCAUAUUUAUUCCAUUAUUUAAUAGAAUAUGAAGUAUGUUAUUUAGUUUUGUGUGAAAAAACUUAUUCCAAACGACUGGCCUAUUCUUAUUUAGAAGAUAUUGCCCAAGAAUUUCAUGCACAAUAUGGUAAAAGGGUUAACACUGUAACUAGACCUUAUACUUUUAUAGAAUUCGAUAAUUACAUUCAAAAGGCAAAAAAACAGUUUUCUGAUUCAAGAUCUAGAAGAAAUUUAAAUGUUAUCAAUAAUCAGCUACAGGAUGUCCAAAGAAUUAUGGUUCAAAAUAUUGAUGAUGUUUUACAAAGAGGGACAGUUUUAUCAGAAUUGGAUUCGAAAACUCAGAACUUAUCAAUGUUAACAGAGAAGUAUAAGAAGGAUGCUACAUAUUUGAAUACAAAAUCUAUGUAUGUAAAGGCAGCAGUAGGAGGAAUUGUUUUUCUUGUAUUUAUUUUAUAUUUCUGGGUUUUAUAA